AUGAUAAAUAAUUUAUGGAAAUUAAAAAUUACCUUAAAGCUGCCAGAAAAGUUUAUCAACUUGAUAUUUGCAGUCACUUUAAGUGUUCAAUUAGAAUCAAGAAUGUGCUAUUCACAACGAUUAUUUAUCGCACUUUUAUUAACGGCGAUUAAAGUUAAUGAGCUCAAAGUUCCUCGACUACCAUUACAAACUAUACGACUUCAUAAUUGGCUUCAUAAACGUUUCAUUUUUGGCUUCAUUCAUGAAGAACAUUUUCGUUUUGGUUAUUCUCGAAAAAAUCUUCAAAUCCAAUUAAAAGUUUGA